AUGCUUUCACUCCCAAGUAAACAACUGUUUGAACGUAUUUCAAGGCCAAAAAGGACUACCCUUCGCGUCAAGACGUGCAUGCAGAAACUAUCCGCCCGCCGUCGACGAGUGCAUCCGAGCGGCGUGGCAGUGGGCGGGGGUCGUCGACCCGCAUUAGCGGCGGGCAGCGCGCGCCCUGCCACCGCGGCGGCGGAGAGCCUCGCGAAGGGCGGCGGCGGCGCGGAGUCCGCAUUUAGCCCGGGCCGACGCGGC